AUGGAACCAGGAAACCUCACAUGGGUGUCAGAGUUCAUCUUCCUGGGGCUCUCACAGACUCGUGAACUUCAGCUCUUCUUGUUUCUGGUGUUCUUGUUUGUCUACAGCACGACUGUAGUGGGAAACCUCCUCAUCAUAGUCACGGUGACAUCUGACCUGCGACUCCACACACCUAUGUACUUCCUGCUCCGCAAUCUCGCUGUCAUAGACCUCUGCUUCUCCUCGGUCACUGCCCCCAAGAUGCUGGUGGACUUCCUCUCUGAGAAGAAGACCAUUUCCUACCGAGGCUGCAUGGCUCAGGUAUUUUUCUUCCACUUUCUGGGAGGAGCCAUGGUCUUCUUCCUCUCCGUGAUGGCCUAUGAUCGCCUUGUGGCUAUCUCACGGCCCCUCCACUAUGUCACCAUCAUGAAUACCCAGCUCUGCCUGGGACUGGUGGUGGCAGCAUGGGUCGGCGGCUUUGCUCAUUCCAUUGUCCAGCUGUCUCUGAUGCUCCCACUGCCCUUCUGCGGCCCCAAUGUCCUGGAUAACUUCUACUGCGAUGUCCCCCAAGUGCUGAGACUUGCCUGCACUGACACCUCCUUCCUGGAGUUCCUCAUGAUCUCCAACAGCGGGAUGCUGGAUGUCAUCUGGUUCUUUCUCCUUCUCAUCUCCUACUUGGUCAUCCUGGUGAUGCUGAGGUCCCACUCCGGGGAGGCGAGGAGGAAGGCAGCUUCCACCUGUACCACCCAUAUCAUCGUGGUGUCUAUGAUCUUCAUGCCAAGCAUUUACCUGUACGCCCGGCCCUUCACCCCCUUCCCCAUGGACAAGGCUGUCUCCAUCAGCCACACCGUCAUGACCCCCAUGCUCAACCCCAUGAUCUACACGCUCAGGAACCAGGAGAUGCAGGCAGCCAUGAAGAAACUAGCAAAGCGCUUAGCAAUUUGCAAUGGGCAGUGA